GUUAUCUGCGCUUCUUUUCUGCUGGUUCCUUAAGAACCGAAUGAAAUGGCCCGUAUACGUUGUACCAGAUAUCUUUACUCAUAAUUAAACUGUCACUUGUCAUACAAUAGACCACCUUGUCUGAAUCGAUCCUUGACCGGCUCACCCUCCUACAUAUCCCAUUAUUAACAGAAACUUGGUAGCAGAGGGAUGGUUUACUAACGACCCAGUCCAGAGUGGUUGAUGUGGGUGUGAGGGGGCGAGUUGGUGAAAGGACGGUUCCCGGAGGACAGGUGAAAACCAUUCGGGGGUGGACAACAAUUCUGCUCAACUCGGGAAACUGAUCUCUGGUCGACCACAAAAUAAGCUCUCUCCAAACAGAUACACCGUGUCGCAGAGAGGGAGCUGACUGACGUCCCGGAACAACCAAGGGUAAAAGUUGGGGACUGGGUAAGGAUCAAGGUCCACAAGAGAAAGUGGGCUGAUCCCAGGUGGACUGGACCGUACGAAGUGAAGGAGGUUACUUCACACUCAGUCCAGGUCAAAGGUAAAUUAGGCGCACCUUGGCACCACCUGACACAUUGUACACCAGCCCCAACCCCUGCCAGAACUCUGGCUGAAGUAAGAAGUGAUUUACUCACAUCCAAUUCGAAUUCAAAUUCUGACAUCCCUCCCGUCUGAUCAUGUGGAGGAGACUCCCAUCCUCAGAUGAUAGGGACACUAGAGUAGCACCAUGGGCUAGAAGGGCUAGGAGACCAUGGGAAAGACUGGGUUGUUCUGGCCCAUUGUUUGUCCUAAUUAUAGUCAAUGUUGUUUUGACAUUGGGAGUAAUGAUAUGGGCAGCCCAGCGUAUAAUCACUGACCAGGAACAGACUACCCAGCUAAACAUCACCAAUGCUUCAAUAUUCUCGGAUACGCAUGUUCUGUCUAAACGUCAAGUUCAGAAUAAUGACUUUGAGUGUACUGCAGAAUUGAUUAGGUCAGCUACUCUGUGUAUCCCGCCUAACGCUACUACCACUGUUAUACUUACCUGGGGUGUUAUUGGAAGCCCAGGUGGCGGUUAUGGUACUCAUGCAAUCAGUUGGUCUAGAUCAGUGUGGUACAUGACAGAAGGGGGGUAUAAUAAAUGGACGUGGAAGAAUUUAGUGGCAGAGACUGGUCCUGACUGGUCUAGCUGGACAGUGCAUCAGAUGGCACUCCUGUGGCGGAGCAGGUUGACGUUAACUAAAGUUACAACUGGUUUGAAAUUGGUAAUCAAACACAGGGAAGGUGGUAUCGGCUGUACCCCCUUCUUAUUGGCACCAUGGGAAGAGCAGAGAGUCUAUUGGCAUCUUAAGAUUUGUUUUACUAACAUAACCACCCCUCAAGCUGUUCUUUCUAAGCGACAGGUGGUAUCCACUUCGGAUCCUAGAUUGGGGCCUAUUAUCAUCUCGUCCGGAUUGAAUCCGCCUACAGUAGAUGAUUCCAUCCUUAUGACGUCUGGAGUCUCAGGUUUCUCCAAUAAUUGGUUACUACUGACUGAAGAAGCUGGAAAGGCGGCCCGUACUGACUGUGUGGUAUGUAUGGGAGCUAGGCCUCUCCUUCGCAUUGUGCCUGCAGCCUUACCUGACAAUUGUGUUUUCCCUGUUAUGAGAUUUAAUAACCCACCCCAGAACUGUUCUUCCUGGGACAAGGUUUAUCCACUAGUCAAGGGCAGACAGGCACCGAUUUUCUCCUCAGAUGUUGCUGAAGGGAAUUUCACAUGUGUGGACAUGACCCGAGGACCUCCAGAUUUAGGUACUGUCCCACCCCACUGGUGUAAUGCUACUUACUUUCCUAAUUCUCCCCUUACAGUUGUCACCAGAGCAGAUGUCUGGUGGUGGUGCGGUGGUAAGCGGCUGUUUGGGCGUUUCCCUAAAAAUUCUACUGGUCUUUGUGCUCUUGUCUCUCUGCUUCUUCCCAUUUCAGUAUACCCAAUAGGUGUGACUGAGUUGGUGGCCCAAAUUGAAAAGGAUGCCUUCCCGUCCAAGAAAAAGAGGAUGGCUGGAUCUGAUGGUGGUGACCCUACGUAUAUAGACGCCAUAGGAGUUCCCAGAGGGGUCCCGGAUGAGUAUAAACUUGCUAACCAGAUUUCUGCUGGGAUUGAAUCUUCUAUUUGCUGGUGGUGUACCAUCAACAAAAAUGUAGAUCGAAUUAACUAUAUCCAUUUUAAUGUUCAGAAAUUGGGCAACUGGACACAGCAAGGUUUUGAAGCCGUCCAUGGUCAACUGGCUGCAACCAGCCUUAUGGCCUUCCAGAAUCGUAUCGCAGUUGACAUGCUCCUAGCUGAGAAAGGAGGUGUCUGUUCUAUGUUUGGGGAACAAUGCUGUACUUUUAUCCCUAAUAACACUGCUAGUGAUGGUAGCUUGACCGUAGCCCUAGAAGGUUUGAGGACUCUUAAUGGUAAAAUGAAAUCUCAUUCUGGGAUUGAUACCUCAAUGUGGGACUCCUGGAUGAGUGCCUUUGGUAAAUAUAAAACCCUGGUCUCCUCCAUUUUGGUCUCCAUUUCGGUGUUCGCGGCCAUUUUGGUUCUCUGUGGAUGCUGUUGCAUUCCAUGUAUCCGUUCCCUCACCACUAGGGUUAUCUCUAGAGCUAUUGACCCUUCCCCCCUUUCCCAGAUGUUUCCUCUGCUUGCUAAUGACCUGCCCGAAUUUGAGGAUGAGGUUGAGAGUGCCUACUAGGUUUUGUUUUUUCUUUUCAUGAAAUGCUAUGACUGCUGAAAUAAGGGAUAAUGAGUGACACCCUAGUGGGUGUCAAAAAGGGGGGCUUAAAUUUCACAUCAUUUUCUUUUGUUCUGUUUUUCAAUGAGUUGUUGUUCUCUUUUGACAUGAGGGUUGCAAGUUCCUAGGUGGCUGGUAGCCAAUCUAGUACAUAGUGGGAUCGAAUGGAGAACAUGGAGGUAUUUUAAACUUUGUAAUUGUUAGCCUAGUUUAUGUCACAUCUCUUAGGAGAUGUGAAGAGAGGGAAUCACAAAACUUUUCCUUCUGGGAAAAGUUUUCUUUUUGUGUCUGGAUAUAGUUAGGUUGUGUCACGUCUCUGGGGAGACGUGAAGAGAGGGAUUUGUAAGGAAGUGCUAUUUCUUAUGCAGGUGACCAGCCUACUGCUAUUACAUUGCUAUAACUGAGACAACGUAUUUUCACAGUAAAACAUGUUAGGUCCCAUACAGGAUAGCUCCCACACCCACACACACAGCACACACACAUUACACACACUAACUGCCGAGGACACACAGAUAAGACAUACACCCACACAUUGGGAGGAAGAGACAGCCUUGACUUGCAGAAACCAGCGCACACACCUAAUCUCCUUUCUAGCCGAACAUUGUGUGACUGAGGACAGCGCACACACCUAAUCUCCUUUUUAGCUGAACAUUGUGUGACAAAGAACAAGACUCAGAGGGAUGACG